UGACCGGAAGUAUGUGAUCCCGGAAGUUCCGGUGCCAUUGCUGUGUGGGAUAAACAGUAAUGGCGGAGGCUGCAGCUCCCGGAACAACAGCCACAACAUCAGGAGCGGCAGCGGCGGCGGCGGUGGCAGCGGCCUCCCCCACCCUCACCCCCACAGUCGCCUCCCAAUCCCCGGCGGCGGGAGGAGGAGGGGGAGGCAGCGGCGGUGGCUGGACCAAACAGGUCACCUGCAGAACCAGAUCCGAGGCCCAGAAAGCUAUCCUACCCUAACUUAUCUGGAGGACGCAACUCACCUUCCCGGUUUGGAACCUACUUCUGUACUUCCGGAAGCAACAAAACCUUGGUGUUCAGAUGCUUGCUGCACUCUGCAUAAAUCAGCUUUGCUCUGGUAUUUCAUGCAUGGGGUUUGCAAGGAAGGAAACAACUGCCGCUACUCCCAUGACCUCUCCACUAGUCAGUCUGCCAUGGUGUGCAGAUAUUAUCAGCGAGGGUGCUGUGCUUAUGGAGACCGCUGCAGAUAUGAACAUACCAAGCCAUUGAAACGAGAAGAAGUGACUGCUGCCAACCUAGCUGCAAAACUCGACCUGCCAGCCUCUUCGAGCCUCCCAACACUGGUUGAACCACUUGCUGAAGCCAGUACUGGUGAAGCUGAAUCAGAAAAUUCAAAUUUUGCAGCUGCAGGAGCAGGUGGGGAAGACUGGGUAAACGCCAUUGAGUUUGUUCCUGGGCAACCGUACUGUGGACGUGCAGCCCCUUCCUGCACUGAAGCACCCCUGCAGGGCAUGGUGAUAGAGGAAGAAUUAGAAAAACAGCAAACCAAUGUGGAAAUGAAGAAGCAGCUUUGCCCCUACGCAGCAGUAGGAGAAUGCCGUUAUGGGGAGAAUUGUGUUUACCUUCAUGGGGAUGCCUGUGACAUGUGUGGUUUGCAGGUCCUGCACCCAGUGGAUGCUGCCCAGAGAUCACAGCAUAUAAAAUCUUGCAUUGAGGCUCAUGAGAAGGACAUGGAACUCUCAUUUGCUGUCCAGCGCAGUAAGGACAUGGUGUGUGGAAUCUGCAUGGAGGUAGUCUACGAAAAAGCCAACCCUAGUGAGCGCCGCUUUGGGAUUCUCUCCAACUGCAACCACACCUACUGUCUAAAGUGCAUACGAAAAUGGAGAAGUGCUAAGCAGUUUGAAAGCAAGAUUAUAAAAUCCUGCCCAGAAUGCCGAAUCACAUCGAACUUUGUCAUUCCAAGUGAGUACUGGGUGGAGGAGAAAGAAGAGAAGCAGAAACUCAUUCAGAAGUACAAGGAAGCAAUGAGCAACAAACCAUGCAGGUAUUUCGAUGAAGGACGUGGGAGCUGCCCGUUUGGAGGGAACUGUUUUUAUAAGCAUGCGUACCCUGAUGGCCGCAGAGAGGAGCCUCAGAGACAAAAAGUGGGAACAUCAAACCGAUACCGGGCCCAAAGAAGGAACCGCUUCUGGGAGCUUAUUGAGGAGAGGGAGAGCAGCAACCCCUUUGAUAAUGAUGAAGAUGAGGUUGUAACGUUUGAGCUGGGCGAGAUGUUGCUUAUGCUUUUGGCAGCAGGUGGGGACGACGACCUGACGGACUCUGAAGAUGAAUGGGACUUGUUUCAUGAUGAGCUGGAAGAUUAUUACGACUUGGAUCUAUAGCACCUUUCAUUGGAGUUUGGACUUGUCUGCUCAGCCUCAGACAGUAGCUAUUUCCUGUGGUGUUGUGGCAGUGCCUGUGUUUCUCUCCUAGGCAGGCCUAUCAAUUCCAGGUGCUGUUGUAAUAAUUUUUACCCCAGGGUCUGUCUCCCUUUCCUUCCCAACUCCCUGCCUUCUUCCCCCAGGAGUGUGUUGUUUUCUCUGUUAAAAAAAAAGAAAUAACAAGAAAUAAAUCUUAAAGUUAGUUUUUGUAAAAUGAA